AUGCCCCGAAUCCCAGCCCUCCCGACAGAUGGCCAUCCAACCUGUUUGAAAACCUCCAAAGAAGGAGACCCCGCCACUCUUCCUUUGAAUUGGUGCCCAUUGCAAAAAUCCCCGCACAGCAGAUAUCCAUGCGUUGAAACAUCAUGGUCAGUGAUUCCCAAACUCUGAUCCUCCAGAUCUUUAGGACUGCAGCUCCCAGCAUCCCUGUUUCUUGGCCAAGCUGGCUGGGACUUCUGGGAACUGAAGUCCAAAACAUCUAGAGGGUCGAAGUUUGGGGAAUCUGGACAUGGCAAAACCAUUCAAUUUUGCACUCCCAAAAGGCCGUUGAGGCAGAUAGGAAGUCCCAAGGAAAACCCCAGCCAUUGCUAACAUCUCUUAAGUCUCAGGACAAAUGUGGCAAAAGAAAGAGGAGCUGGUGAUGCCUUCCCAGAUGCAUAAAAAGUGCGCAUCACUGGCCUGUGGCUGACCUCACACUGGGCUGGAGCACUGGGCCAAUUGGCAGGGCCUUUUCUUUGCAGCCCAGUUUCUAUAGCAGCUCUGAGCCCUUGGCAGAAAUGAGUUAAGAUCCAGCCCAGGUGGCUUUGGAAAUGAAUGGAUCCCUCUGCCAGGGCCUUGGGAAAGCCAUUCCUUCCCCAAAAUUGGCCUUAGACCAGCAGACUAUGGAAGCAGCGUAAGGAUGGAGAGGAGAAGCAUGGCUGAACAUUGGGUUUGGAGGAAAGGCUGACCGCCAUCUUGGCCCCCGGCUGCCUCCAUGGCGGAGAAAGAGACGGAGAACAAGAUCUCGCUGACCGAGGCCCAGAUCAAGGACCUCAAGGGAGCCUUCGAGAAAGGAAGCUUUUCCGACUACUCUGAACAACUGAAAGGGACUCUCCAAUCCCUGGAGAACAUCUGCUUAGACGUGGGCAUCACCGGUGAACCUGGCGUCGGCAAGUCCACCUUCAUCAAUGCCUUUCGGGACCUGCGUGCGGAGGACGAAGGCGCAGCUCCAACCAGAGGUGCCAGCGCCAACAAGGAACCCACAGCCUACCCGCACCCCAAGUAUGCCAGCGUCAUUCUCUGGGACCUGCCGAGCAUCGGUGCCCCCGAUUUCCACCCGAGAGAGUAUUUGCAACAGAUCAACGCCCCCUGCUAUGACUUCUUCAUUAUCCUUGCCUCUCAGCGCUUUGGCCUCAUCCAUGCCAAGCUGGCUCAGUACCUCCUGAAGCUCAGGAAGGACUUCUACUUCGUCCGCUCCAAAGUGGAUGAAGAUAUGGAGCUGGGUCGGCAGGAGUGUCCUUCCAGUUUCAGCGAAGCAGACGCCCUGCAGGAGAUCCGCGAGGGCUGCCUGAGAGACCUCCAAGCCUCCGGGGUGAAGUCUCCCAAGAUCUUCCUGAUUUCCAACCUCUCCUUCAGCAAGUAUGACUUCCCUCUCCUUGGGGAGACCUUGUGGAAAGACCUGGACCUCCAGAAGAGCCACUCCUUCCUCCUGGCCACCCCCAACAUCUCCCAUCGCCUCCUGGAGAAGAAGAAGAGCGCCAUCAUGCAACACUUGUGGCUGGUCUGUGUGGUGGCGUGUGGGGUCCAUGCAGAGCCCAUCCCAGAGAUCUCCAUCGCGUGCGACACGGAGCUCCUGGUCAAGACACUCCAGGGCUACUGCGUUAACUUUGGCCUGGAGGAGUCCUCUUUGAGGAAGGUGGCCGAACACGCAGAGCUUCCCUUUGAGCAGCUGAGGGCCCUGGUCAAGGCCCCUCUGGCCGCGGAGGUGGCCCCAGAGCUGGUGGUGGAGCUGCUGGUCGAAGCGGCCGGCAAGGCCCCCAAGUUGCCCAAGCAGCUGGUGCCCAUAGCCGCCAUGGGGCUGUCCUUUGCCGUGGUCUACAACAUGCUCAAGGCCUUUGUGGAGGAGGUGGCUGCUGAUGCGCACCGGAUCCUGCUCAAAGUCUUCAUGAGCCACAAGCCCCGGGAGGAGUCCCAGGCCAACAUCCCAGGAGCCUUGGAGGACAACGGGGGCAAGGAGAUGGGUCCUCCUUAAAUCCUAUGAAAGCCUUCAACUCAGUCUCUGUGGUUCCUCCUUCUUUCGAUGCAUGGCUUCUCUUAAGCUUCUCGCUUAGCCAGGAGUGUGUCUCCACUCCAUAGUUAAAUGCAAUUGUUUCUGCAUGGUCCAGGGUUGGAUGAGCUGUCCUUUGGGGUCCCUUGAGUCAGUGUCCAGUCCUUAUAACUGUUGUGAAUCCAGCCUAUGGAAUCCUGGGACUUGUAGUUUCUUGAGAUACUUAGAAUUCCAAGUCCCUCGCUCAAAUGCAAUCCUCUGCUGCUCCAGAGAGAAGGACAUGGAGCAAUGGAUUCAAACGUCAGGGAAAGGGAUUCCACUCACACACUCAGAAACCCCGAAGGCAGGCUCUUUGAGUAUUUACUCUUUGAGUAAAGAGUAUUAGGAAACUCUUUGGGCAUUUAUAGACACAAGUGUCCUUUGAAAAGAUCAUGGUGGUAUCAGGUUAAGCUAUCGUAACAACUUUUAUUUCCAUGACGUUCUUCCUUAUAAGAGUUCCGGGAGGCAAAAAACAUCCAUUAAAGCAUGAAAGUAACA